CACACGCAGACCUCUAAUUCUGGGCCUUGUCACCUGCCGUAAUACGUCAGCUGCAAAUGAUCACGUGACUUGUGUCAGUUACCCCGCUUCGGUCGCAACAAUCCGUAAGAUGUCUGUAGAAGGCUGAUUCCGCAGUCACAACAUUUGGAAACAUCGUCGGAGGAGCUUUCCUUCUGGUCCUGACUGUCAGAACAUUUUGCCGAGGGACAUUUCCACCCAGCCCGUCUAAUUCGCCAUCACAAUGCUGAACUUCUGUCCUCAGUGUGGCUCGAAGGUACAGUCUGGUUUCAGAUUCUGUCCAUCCUGUGGUGGGAGACUGCCAGAAGACCUACCAGAAGCUGUAGCUUCACAGUCACCCGAACCACAUCCAAACUCCGUGCUUUCAACUGUGAGCGCCAUGGAAGUCGAUUCUGCUGGAGACUCCUCACAAUCUGCACUGAAUCGCCCACCUUUGUGCUCAACACGGCAGAAGACAUUGAGUAGCACAGCCACGGACUCUUUAGAUAAGAAGUCACUGAAAUCUCCACGAAAAAGAAAGGCAUCCCCCCAGGUUAAAGAACAAAAGGAGGUGAAACAAACUUUUUUGGCUACACUUCAAACUCCAGAUAAGACAUCUUCGAUGUCACCUCGAAAACAGAAGACUUCCCCCCUGGUUAAAGAUGAGGAGGUGAAGCAAACGUCUUCAGUUAUUCAAAGCCCAUCCAAAUGCAAAGCCAGGAAGCGAGUGUGCGCUGUUGAGCCUGUCCCAAAGGGUACAGUGGUUUGUGACCAGUCCAGCAAAAAGUGGAAGCUGGUUGAACUUCUGUGGCAAACAGAAUUAGAUCUGACAUAUGCAGUCUGCCAGGCAAAUCAGCACGCAGACUCAAAUGAUUGCAAGUACAUGUUGCGACUGGGGGCUAAAGAGGGGCACCUGUUUAAUGAGCAGAACUUCCAUCUGAGAGCAGCCAAACCUGAUGCAGUGGAGAAAUGGUUGAAACUGCACAAAUUGGACUUCCUUGGGAUUCCAUCCUGUGUAGGGUUCGGUCUUCAUGACGCAUAUAGGUUUUUAGUUUUUCCUAGCAUGGGUCAAACUCUACAGACAGUCAUGGAUGAAGGGAACGAUACUCUAUCUGAGAAAGCUGUGCUCCAGCUUGCACUGCGACUAUUGGAUGCACUGGAAUUCAUCCACGAGAAGGAAUAUGCCCAUGCAGACAUCCAUGCUGGAAAUAUUUACAUCAACACUGACAGUCACACAGAGGUUUUCUUGUCAGGCUUUGGUCAUGCAUUUAGGUUUUGCCCUGGUGGAAAGCAUGUGGAGUACAGACAGGGUAGCCGCACUGCACACCAGGGUAACAUCAACUUUAUCAGUGUGGAUUCUCACAAGGGAGCUGGUCCCUCUCGUCGUAGUGACCUGCAGUCUCUGGGUUACUGUAUGCUGUAUUGGAUGACAGGUUCACUACCCUGGAGUCAGCUCUCUCAAACAAGCUCGGCCAUUGCUGCAGAGAAGGAGAGGUAUAUUUCUGAUAUCACUGGACUUUUGAGUGGCUAUUACAAACAGAAGAAAGCUUCAGGUGCAUUACAAAAAUACCUGUCUAAUGUGAUGAGCCUGCAGUAUACUGAGAAACCAGAUUACACACUUCUGAAAGCUGGGCUUCAUGAGAGCUUACAGAAGAUGGGUGGGAGUCUGAAUGAAUCACUGAAUUUGCAGGUGAAACCAUAAUGUGGAAUGUGAUUUAAUGGUUUUAUGGAAUGUUUAAGAAAGCUUUAAUGUUUUACAAGCAACUUUUCUUGCAGUUUUUACAAUGAUAUUGCUGUGUGCAUGUUUUCUCUCAUAGGUCGAGUUUUAAUCACUGAUUUAUUAGUUGUUGUUUUUUU